AUCGCCUCCACGAGUCAAACCCAGCCACCAUCGGAAUUCGAGGGCGCGGAGCAGCGGCGAAAUGAGCGGCGGCGGCGGCGAGGUCGAGGCGGCGGCGGAGGCGGCCCCUCUCCUCGUCCCCCACGACCCUCAGCCGGCGGUGGGGGCGGAGGUGCGGAGGCAGGUGGGGCUCGCGGCGCCGCUGGUGGCGUGUAGCCUUCUGCAGUACAGCUUGCAGGUGGUCUCCGUCAUGUUCGCCGGACAUCUCGGCGAGCUCUCCCUCUCCGGCGCCUCCGUCGCCUCCUCCUUCGCCAACGUCACCGGCUUCAGCGUCCUGAAAAUUUCAAUGAAAACUGCAUAUCUGUUUAUUCCAUGACAAGCUGGGAAUGGGAAGCGCGCUGGAUACAUUCUGUGGACAAUCAUAUGGAGCAAAACAAUAUGAUAUGCUUGGGACACAUGCGCAAAGGGCUAUCUUUGUUCUUAUGCUUAUGGGUGUCCCGCUGGCUUUUGUUUUGGCAUUCGCUGGCCAAAUUCUUAUCGCUCUUGGUCAAAAUCCUGAGAUAUCAUCUGAAGCUGGACUAUAUGCCGUGUGGUUGAUUCCUGGUCUUUUUGCAUACGGUUUGCUUCAGUGCCUUACCAAGUUUCUGCAAACUCAAAACAUUGUCCAUCCACUGGUAGUUUGUUCUGGGGCCACCUUGGUAAUUCACAUUUUGCUGUGCUGGGUUAUGGUUCAUUGUUUUGACCUUGGCAACAGAGGUGCAGCUUUGUCAAUAUCAUUAUCUUACUGGUUCAAUGUGAUAUUGCUAGCAAUAUAUGUAAAAGUCUCCGAAGUUGGCAGAAGGAGUUGGCCUGGAUGGUCAAGGGAGGCACUUAAGUUAAAGGAUGUUAAUAUGUAUCUAAGGCUAGCCAUUCCAUCUACUUUUAUGACUUGCUUGGAGUAUUGGGCAUUUGAGAUGGUGGUUCUCCUUGCAGGCUUUCUACCUAAUCCGAAACUGGAAACUUCGAUUUUGUCAAUAAGCCUGAAUACAAUGUGGAUGGUUUAUACAAUUCCAAGUGGCCUCAGCAGUGCAAUAAGUAUAAGAGUUUCCAACGAACUAGGUGCUAGGAAUCCGCAAGCAGCACGCCUAUCAGUCUUUGUUUCAGGAAUCAUGUGCCUAACCGAAGGCAUACUUGUAGCUAUCAUCACAGUUUUGGUACGGGAUAUCUGGGGUUACUUGUACAGCAAUGAAGAAGAAGUUGUGAAAUAUGUCGCAGCAAUGAUGCCAAUUCUUGCUUUAUCUGACUUCAUGGAUGGAAUACAAUGCACACUAUCAGGUGCUGCUAGAGGGUGUGGCUGGCAAAAAGUCUGUUCUGUUAUCAACCUGUGCGCUUACUAUACAAUUGGUAUCCCUUCAGCUGUUACUUUUGCAUUUGUUCUGAAGAUCGAUGGUAAGGGACUUUGGUUGGGAAUAAUAUGCGCCAUGACAGUGCAAAUUUUAGCGCUGGUUGUCAUGCUGCUUCGUACAAGCUGGAAUGAAGAGGCUGAAAAGGCCCGGGCUAGAGUUCAGGGUUCAGAUGGAAGAAUCACAUUGGCCUGAACAUGGAUUUCACCAGUUUUGAGUCAUGAUUAUACCACCACAAAAGCAGUUAUUGAUACCAUAGUACUAUAUAUAGAGUAAUUGAUACUGUUGAUUAUUUGAAACUUGUUUGCUGUACAUUCAAUAAUUGUAACUGAUUGGGCAUGUGACUUCUUUUCUUUUGUAUAGUUGAUAUGGUGUGCUGUGAAUGAAAUUCUGCAUAGUUCGCCCUGCAACACAGGAUAAAGGUAACUCCUAACCAUCUUUUCCAACACAAUUCUAUUUCCGUGUUUGAAAAGCUUUUUCGAACAUUUUUCUACAAUUAGUGCCCAAGUGGAAUUAUUGGAGUAGAUGAAACUAAACCAUCAGAAACUGAAAUUGAAGUCACCAAAGCAUAACUAGGGCAGGGUACUGCAAAUUUAUUUUUAUUUCCCCCUCCAUACCAGAUCAGAUUGCUAUUGUUAAUCUUUUGAAGACAAAGAGGAGUAAUCAUUAAAUUACUAUUAUGAGACACUGGCCUACCUAAUUCGAUGUUCUUUUCCUGAGGAAGGUACCAAGCUAGUCUAGCUUCGAUCUGAGAGUCGACGAGUACCAUAUUACAUUCCUACAUGCUUUAGUUGUUGCUACUCCUCUCUCAGUUAUAGUAGAUGUAUAAUGCGAAAAAGAAACAAAGUUCAGGAAUUUCCUCCUUUUAAUGCAAAGACAUGGAAAGCUUUUGUGCAUUCCUAAAAACAAGGUUCAUGAAGAAAAUACAGCAUAAACCACACCGUUAUAAUUUGUCAACAUCCUUGAAAAUUAAGGCACGCCCUCUUAUGUUAAAACAAACAGUUCUGGUUUUACAACUCAUGGAUAAUAAUAACCCACCCGUUCUUCCCUAUGUCUCCUGGUAGAUGGCACAGCACAAAAAAGUCUGCAGAGAUUCUGGAACUUCCUCUCUGGUCUUCCCAUUCAAAAAUUGUUCUUUAAAACACAUGCUUUUACGUUAGCUGGUGCUGUAGUGGUGUUUCUAUAGGCACAAUGGUACUUAGAUCAUCAUCCUGGGUCUUGGUCUUAGUUUAUGAUUUAUCACUGUUCUUGCUUAUUCUCUAUCGCCUCUGUCUUCAUUUUUCUUUGGAGUACUAUAUACAUAUAUAUAUAUAUAUAUAGCUGCUCUAAUAUGAUAUUUCGUGGUUAAAAUUCCUGGCUCCAUCUUGUUUUUCACUCACUUUCCGCCACUCAGCAUCCUCAGAUGUUAUCAUUUAUCAUACAUGUGUCCCUGUAUUGUUGGACCAGAAGUCUUCGGCACGUAAAGCUUUAGAUAAAGCAGCACCUGACCUGAGUCAGAGCUUCUGGACGCAUAUCAUAAUUGCUUCCCUGCUUGGCUAGCUUAAUAUACAAGGCCAAUUAAGAAUGCAUUUAUCAGAAGAACGUGCACAAACCACCCUUAUUGAUGGCAUCCAAAAGCUACAUUUCCUCUGCCAAUUAGGUCUGUGAGGUCAAAGGUCUGAUGAACCUGGCAAAAGCAGAGACAGAUUUCUGACCACAGAACCUUCAUCUCAGUGCAGAAUUUUCAAAGACUGCAUUUCUAUUGUACAGUAACAUUUCCCUGGAAAGACUCCUUUACAUAUGAUCAGAGACAAAUGAGGCUUUUGCAAAUGUAAAACAAUGAAGUUCCACCUUUGAAAGUUGAAACCCACUAGAAAGGAGACAGAUAAAGCAUUAUCUAUGUUGAGCAUAUGUUUGGAGUACUAAGGAGGAACUUAGCAUCUGUUGAGGAAUUUAGCAUCUGUUGUUGUUAGAGAAGAAAAUAAUGAGAAAACCUGUGAUCAAAGGGAUUCGAACUCAGGCAAGCAUGCUGCUCCCUGUCAGCCGAGCUCUCCCUGCCAACCAAGCUAGGUGCCGUUCUCUUCUACAUAAGUAGUAGACGAAACUCAGCUGGUUUUAACUGCAUAGACAAGCAUUUUGCUGUCCUUCUGUCAGUAACCAUGAAAUGCAACACACGGUCACCCUUGAGCUGGUGAGACACAGCUAUCAGCCACAAAGCAGAUAGUACUUUGCUUACAGGAGAUGAUUCUGGAGUGCUUUCUUUCUGGUUUCGGCAGCUCAAUGAUCCCACCGUGAAAGGCGAGGAAGCAACAGAAAUUUGGUAGCUCCUCCAAAGUGGAGAUUAUCGUGGAAGCUGAGCUGUUUCCAAAUCCCAAUACUACACCUACUAAUCGUCUCUUAUCUGAAAGAUACCACUGAUCAUUUCUGAAUAACGAAAAAAAUGAGAAUGUGUAAAUAGGCAAAGUUCUAUGAUUAAGGCCACGAUUGUCGGUUAUUUGGGCGUUUUCCACAUAUGAUUGAUGGCAUCUAAUGAUCACAUUUCUACUGAUUAUAUCUCUGGGUCGGUUCAGUAAUGAGGAAAUGAGAGGGAAACGGCUCCUUCAAGUUGUUUUACUGUCUUGUCGUGCAGUCUUUUUCUUGUGGGAAACAGUUCAACAACCACUGCAGCUUGUUGGGUACCUGGGUUCAUGGAUUCUUUUAAGACCUUUUCUGUGGUGGUCUUGUUUGGCAGUGCUUACCUUAAAGCUCUUGCAAACUGGCUUCUCAGAUGAACUCUGAAUAUUUCGUUGUCUGUACAGGUAGUGUUUCAGUUUACCCUAUGAGCUACAACUAACGACAUAAUGUCAGUGGGUGCUUAAAGAGACUAGUCUCUAGGUACUUUUAAGGUUGUCAGAAUUAAAGACUGCCAAGAUCUUGGAAGAACACUAUUGGUGGUGGCAAAAGUGAAUUGUUCAUCACUCCCCACAAACAAAUAAUUAGCAUUUUUCAUGUUGACAUUUUAUCGACAACAACCAAUUUACAAAGUGUGCAAGUGUAAAUUAACCUUUGGACACUUGUCUAUGACACGAUCUUACUCGUC